AUGCAACUUCGUACAACUAAGGAGCGAAAACAGCGCACGAAGCUCUGCUCGCAACGUGUGUGCGUCCCUUUACUUGUUGCCCACUAUUUUCUUCUCAGCUGGUACCGACGGAUCCGAGAGUUGAGGCGUGUUUCGCAAACAGUGGCAAGCGGAGUACUCGUUAGCUACGUGUAUCACGAGAACGAAAACGGAACUUUCCGUGAAGUACGCAACAAACGUCGAAACCUGCACAUUUUCGUCAAGAAAGGAUAUAUAGACGAUGCGCGCUACACAUUCAUUUUCACCAUAUCUGGUAGAUGGCCCUCCACGAAAGAGUUCUUCCACUCGAUCGGCACGCACGAGGAAACUUCGAUACUACCAGUCAGCAGUAAUGUGAUCACUGUGACGCGUAGUUCGACAAAAUUAUGCUCUGACCUAUGCCACCAUGGACGAACAUGUGAUAAAUACAAGGCUUCGUUCGGUGCGUUCGUGUUCUUGAACGAUGGCGUGCGUGGGCCUUUUACUAGCGUGGCGUUGAAUACGAACUUAGCACUUGGAUCAUGGUUGUAUCAAUUUUUAAGACUCGCCACUGAUCCACGAGUAUCUGUUGUUGGGUCAGCGGUAAGUUGUGAAAUUAGCUGGCAUGUUCAGACGUAUUUUAUCGUCAUUAAACGCGCUCUUGUCGACGACUUGUUUAAAAUGUGGCUCAGAUCGUGCUCUGAACAGGACUGGUCGAGAAUGGUGCGUGAUUUUGAAGUGGGUCCGAGUCAGACUUUUCUUGAACGAGGUUUCGCGAUAGCGUCGCCAUCAUCAGGAAGAGUAAAUAUAUUUACUGGGACGAUACCUCAAACAAGUUGUCGGAAUCCUUCCACUGUUCACGUAGGUCUUGAAAAAGGACUGAUCUUGAAAUAUGGGGGAGAGGUGUUCCGAAAACAUUUUAUACACAGUCAAACUAUGGCGGACGUUGCGAAUUGGACGAUGUUGAACUUUCCAUACCUUUAUACCGAGUGA